AUGGGUCAACACGUUCUUAUCCUUGGCGGUCACGGAAAGGUCGCGCAGAUACUGACGCGGCAGCUAUUGAAGAAUUCAUGGACUGUCACCAGCGUUAUUCGAGCUCAAGAACAAUUUCACCAGAUUGAGAGUCUCGCCUCUGGACAACAGCGCCUUCAUGUUCUCGUCCGGAGCUUGGAAGUCAUCAAGAGCUUUUUCCAAGCCAAGAACGUUCUCGAGGAGGUCAAACCGGACGCUGUUGUCUGGAGCGCUGGAGCAGGUGGAAAAGGAGGUCUCGAUCGGGUAAGCAACACCUGCCUAGCAAACUAUGCUGCGAUCAACUUUACCAAUGCAGCAGUUCAGACAAAUUCUAUCAAAAAGUUCAUUCUCAUAUCGUAUCUGGCCUGCCGCCGUAAAUCGCCUAGCUGGUGGGACAGCGAUGCCUGGACGUACGCCCUCGAAAUGCAAAGCGGCGAUCUUUCUGGUUAUUGCAAGGCUAAGCUGGCUGCUGAUGAGGUUUUUCUUCAAAAUUCAUCUCUCCGAUCGGACUUUUCAGGAAUAAGUCUUCGUCCUGGUAUGCUAUCGGACGAGCCCGCUGGGAAAGUCGAACUUGGGAAGACCAAGACCUCAAGGGGCAAUGUUAGCCGAGCGUCCGUGGUGGACCCUAUCGUAUCACUACUGGAGAAUCAAAAUGUGAAAAGUUCGUGGUUAGAUUUGUUGGAUGGCGACCACGAUGUCAAUGUUUCCGUAGAGAGGAUCGCUAGCACAGGCCUGGAUGCGGCCGAAGGAGAAGGCAACUGA